UGCAGAAGAAGUCUUCCUUGAUGUUUCUUUUCAAAUAUUAUACUGAUAUUCACCCUAAUACUAGGCGUUUCACAUUAUGAUUGUCAUAUAUUAAUUUUGGGACAAUAUUCUAGGAAACAUGGCACAAACUAAUGAUGUCAAAAUCACCAUUGCGAUAUUUGGCAUGGGACGAAUGGGGAAAAUUCACUUCCAGAAUGCCUUGAUAAAUGCACAGAUAGUUGUGAAAUACAUUGUUGAGGCUAUCCCUGAAGUUGCUGAGAAAGUCACAAAGAUGUAUCAACUAGAAGACAAAAUUCAAGUGGUCUCACUAGAUGAUGCUGAUAUUGUGUACAAAGACAAAUGUGUUGAUGCAGUAAUGGUGAUAACUCCUGCUUUUACUCAUCAUGACAUCAUAGAGAAAGCUCUAAAAGCAGGUAAGGCAGUGUUUUCUGAGAAGCCCUUGGCUCCAACACUUGCUGCAGUGGAGGCACUAUAUGAGCUUGCAGACUCAGCCAAUAAACCUCUAUUCUGUGCAUUUAAUAGAAGGUGGGAUCCGCAGUUGAGGUCAAUCCAUAACAGCAUUAAGGGAGGAGACAUAGGAAAUAUACGCAUGGUGAAGUCAUGUAGCAGGGACCCCCCUGGUCUCUCUAGUAUGGAAUACCACAGAACAUCAGGUGGUAUUUUCCUUGAUAUGGUGAUACAUGAUAUUGACAUGGUGUGCUGGUUGGCAGGUGAGACCCCUACAACAUUGACCUGUACAGCUCAUGCUCACGAUGACAGCUUUAAAGAGAUAGGAGACUAUGACACUGUGGCUAUCAUGAUGAACUUUCCCAGUGGUUGUACAGGCUUGAUUGACACUAGUCGGUGCUGUAACUAUGGUUACGACCAGAGAGUAGAAAUACAUGGUCCAGGAGGAAUGCUACAGUCCGAAAACCUGAGAGAGACAGCCCUUCAUACCUGGACAGGUGAGGGCAUGAGGGUGGGGCAAAUUCCAUUUCUUGCACCCAUACGCUACAAGGAAGCAUACAAGCUAGAGUUGGACCAUUUUGUAAAUGUUGUUUUAGGCAAAGAAACUAGUGAAGUAACCUCCAAAUGUACCAUUAAUGCAAUAAAGAUUGCUCUGGCGUGCGAUGAGUCAGCUAAAACCAACCAACCAGUGACUCUACAAUAUUAACAUCUGAGUAUUCAGAUACAAUAAUAUCAAUGCCAUUAAAGACCUAAUAUCAAUGCCAUUUAAGACCAUUUCUCUUCAUUCAUGGAGGUGUUGAAGUACAAGGUGAGCCAAAAAAAGGUAACCCAAACAUCGUUCAGCAUUUUUAAAGUCACAUUU